GUAAAAGAUAUUCAGAGUGUGUAUCUGGACUCCACUUUCUAUGACCCACGCUUCUAUCAAAUACCCACUCGGGAGGUCUGCCUGAACGGCAUCUCGGUGCUUAUUGGAAACUGGAUCAGCCAGAGUCCAUAUCACGUUGUGUGGCUCAACUGUAAAGCUGCGUAUGGAUACGAAUACUUGUUUACCAACCUGGGAGAGGAGUUCAACACUCGGAUCCACGUCAACCAUCUGGCAAUGUUCAAGAAGAUGCCAGAGAUCCUGAGCUACGUGACAACUGAUCGCAGGAUGCAGAUUCAUGCCUGUCGACACCCAAAGGAUGAGGAGUUUUUCCAAGGUAACCGGCUGCCGUGUGGUUGUACGGCGCCUGAUGGGACUCCUCUUCGUAUCAUCAGCAUCAAACCAUCCACCAUGUGGUUUGGAGAGAGGACCAAGAAAACCAACGUUAUAAUAAAAACAGGAGCCAGUUCCUUCAGAGCCUGUUUCAGCUUCCACUCUUCCUACUCUGAGCUUAAAGACUUUCUGUCGUACCUUCGACCAGUCAACAUCUACCCCAGUGUUAUUCCUCUUGGUCGGACACUGACGGAGGUUACACAGAUGUUGAAGCUGAUGUGCCGGAACCAGUCUGAUCAGGCAGCGUUUAUUUACAAACCUCUGGGAGUCCUCAAGCGCAACAGGGUGCAGCGACCUACACAAGAUUCAGGGAGUGAUGAUGAGCUAUUUGAUGGGUUGGACGUAGCACCAGUCAGGAAGAAGAUGGGGCUGAACCAUGAAGUAAAAAAAGAGAAAAGUCCUGAGAGAACAGCACCUCCG